GAAACCCUGGUUUCUGAGCAGGAGCACAAAGGGAAAUCUUGUCAGUCUGCUGCUGUUUUUAAUAUUGUCAACUCUAUUAUAGGAUCUGGUAUAAUAGGCCUCCCAUAUUCAAUGAAGGAAGCUGGAUUUCCAUUGGGCAUAUUGCUUUUGUUCUGGGUUUCAUAUUUUACAGACUUUUCCCUUGUUUUGUUGAUAAAAGGAGGGGCUCUCUCUGGGACAGACACCUACCAGUCUUUGGUUAACAAAACCUUUGGCUUUCCAGGAUAUCUUCUCCUCUCUGUCCUACAAUUUUUGUAUCCUUUUAUAGCUAUGAUAAGUUACAACAUAAUUGCUGGAGAUACUUUGAGCAAAGUUUUUCAAAGAAUCCCAGGAGUUGAUCCUGAAAAUGUGUUUAUUGGCCGACACUUCAUUGUUGUGCUUUCCACCGUUACCUUUACUCUGCCUUUGUCCUUGUACCGAAACAUAGCAAAGCUUGGAAAGAUAUCCUUUAUUUCCACAGUUUUGACAGCUCUGAUUCUUGGAAUUGUAAUGACAAGGGUAAUUUCAUUGGGUCCACACAUACCCAAAACGGAAGAUGCCUGGGUAUUUGCAAAGCCUAAUGCUAUUCAGGCUGUUGGGGUGAUGUCUUUUGCAUUUAUUUGCCACCAUAACUGCUUCUUAGUGUAUGGCUCUUUGGAAGAACCCACAGUAACUAAGUGGUCCCGCAUCAUCCAUAUGUCCAUCUUCAUCUCUGUAUUUAUCAGUGUUCUCUUUGCCACAUGUGGAUACUGGACUUUUACUGGCUUCACUCAAGGAGACUUAUUUGAGAACUAUUGCAGAACUGAUGACCUGGUGACCUUUGGGAGGUUUUGUUAUGGUGUCACAGUCAUUUUGACCUACCCACUGGAAUGCUUCGUGACCAGAGAAGUAUUCGCCACUGUGUUUUUUGGUGGGACUCUUUCCUCGGUGUGUCACAUCAUUAUAACAGUAGCAAUUAUUACUGUUGCCAUGCUGGUGUCCUUGCUGACAGACUGCCUCGGAAUUGUUUUAGAACUCAGUGGUGUUCUCUGUGCAGCUCCUCUGAUUUUUAUCAUUCCCUCAGCAUGCUAUCUGAAACUGUCUGAGGAGCCAAGGACACACUCAGAUAAGAUUAUGUCCUGUGUCAUGCUUCCUGUCGGAGCUGUGGUGAUGGUUUUUGGAUUCGUCAUGGCUAUCACAAAUCCUCAGGACUGUACCCAUGGGCAGGAAAUGUUCUACUGCUCUCCUGACAAUUUCUCCUUUACAAACACCUCUGAUUCUCACAUUCAACUGACAACACAGCUCUCCAUUUUAAACAGCAGUAUCUUCCAAUAA